UAGAGAAAAAAAAGGAAAACACUCUGCAAGCGUCUAAUUCUCACACCACAGGAAGUGGAAAGUGGAUGAGCACUGAAACAGGUUUGGCGAACACAAUGAACCCAGUCAGACCUCGCUACGCAAUAAACCGCUCGGCUUAUUCUCAACCAGAUUUUGAUGAGGAGUUUGGCAGGAGGAGGAGGAGCUUUCCUCUGGGGGACAAAGUAAAGAAAGUGUUCAGAUGUUCCAGUGGACGCCUGAAAAGUCUCCUCUUCAGACACUUUCCGGUGCUCAGCUGGCUUCCGAAAUACAACUUCCGACAGAACCUUCUGACGGAUGUCAUCAGCGGAGUCAGUGCAGGCACCAUUCAGGUUCCACAGGGCAUGGCCUUUGCCCUGUUGGCCAGCCUCCCUCCCGUCAACGGGCUUUACUCUUCCUUCUUCCCUCUCAUUCCAUACUUCUUCAUGGGCACGGCACACCAGAUGGUGCCAGGUACGUUUGCUGUGCUGAGUAUCAUGGUGGGUAUGGUUUGUCUGAGGUUGGCACCGGAGUCACACUUCAGCAGUUUCAAUCACACCACCAAUAAAACCGUGGUGGACGAGCAGCAGAUGAACGAGGUCAGACUGGGCAUAUCAGCCACUUUGGCUUGCCUUACUGCCAUCAUACAGAUUGGUCUUGGCAUGAUGCAGUUUGGAUUUGUGGCCAUAUACCUCUCAGAGUCAUUCGUCAGAGGCUUCAUGACGGCUGCAGGUCUGCAGAUUCUCAUAUCUGUGUUGAAAUACAUCUUUGGGAUCCAUGUACCACCCUACAGUGGGCCUCUGGCUAUAAUUUACACUCUUAUAGACAUCUGUCGUUUCCUGCCUGAGACGAACAUUGCCUCGCUGGUGUUUGCCCUGGUCAGCGCUGUGGUUCUGAUCAUAGUGAAGGAACUCGGUGCUCGAUACCGCCACAAAAUCCCCUUUCCUAUCCCCAUUGAGAUCAUCGUUGUGGUGGUGGCUACUGCUAUAUCUGGGCCACUGGAUAUGCCGAAGAAGUACCACAUGGAUGCAGUGGGCCCAAUUCCUUUGGGAUUUCCAGCCCCGGUCCUGCCCACAGUGUCUCAGUGGGAUGAUAUGCUGAGUACAGCCUUUUCCCUGGCCAUCGUUGGAUAUGUCAUCAAUCUGGCUAUGGGCAGGACUCUGGCUGCCAAGCAUGGCUAUGAUGUGGAUCCCAAUCAGGAAAUGCUUGCUUUGGGCUUCAGUAAUUUCUUGGGGGGCUUCUUUAAGAUCCAUGUCAUCUGCUGCGCUCUCUCGGUCACGCUGGCUGUGGACAGUGCCGGGGGAUCCUCACAGUUUUCUAGUCUGUGUGUUAUGCUGGUAGUGAUGGUCACCAUGCUGGCCCUGGGAGCCUAUCUGAAACCACUCCCAAAGUCAGUGCUGGGAGCUCUGAUAGCCGUUAAUCUGAAGAACACACUCCUGCAGCUCUCUGACCCGUACUACCUGUGGAAGAAGAAUAAACUAGACUGUUCUGUAUGGGUUGUGUCUUUCUUGGCAACCUUCUUCCUGAGCUUGCCAUUCGGUGUUGCCAUUGGCGUGGGCUACUCUAUCCUGGUGGUCAUUUUCCAGACUCAGUUUCGCAAUGGUUCAGAAGUAGCUCAGGUCAUGGAGACAGAUGUGUAUAAGAAUCCUAAAGUCUACAAUAAGGCGAAGGCUGUUGAAGGGGUGAAAAUUGUAAGCUACUGCUCUCCUCUUUACUUUGCCAAUGUAGAAAUAUUCAGACGAAAAGUCAUCAAAAAGACUGGACUUGACCCAGGCAAAGUUCUAUUGACCAGAAGGAAGUUUCUUAAAAAACAGCAGGAGAAAGAGAAACAGGAGAUAAAAGCGAAGCAAAGUCAGGUGAAGGCGGCCGCCAGAAAGAGGAAACUGAGUUCGCUGGUUACAAUGAAAACUCAGACCAUCUCACAAAUUGAUCUGCAGAGCGACUUCUACACAGUUAGUGCUGAUAUGCCAACAAGCUAUGUCAACCCCUACUGUGACAUCACCAGCUCCACGGAUCCAGCACCGGACCCCGAACCCACCAGCCCACCUGCUGUAACAAUAGAGAUGCAGCCCAUGCCCUUCCACACACUUAUACUGGAUUUAGCAGGAGUCUGCUUCAUCGACCUGAUGGGGAUUAAGGUUCUCACCAAGAUGAGUAACACGUACAGUGCGCUGGGUAUCAGCAUGUACUUGGCGAAUGUUCAAGCUCAGGUAUAUGAAGAGCUGGAGGUGGGAGGACUGUUUAAUGAGAGCAGUGUUACCCCUGGGCACCUGUUUCUCUCCGUACACGACGCCGUCCUGUUUGCCCAGAACAAAUCACUGAGCCCUGGCACCGCGGAGGAGGAGGCCAACACGGAAAGGUUAAAGAUGACUUUUGACUUUGAGGAAGAGGAUGAAGACCUGGAGCAGGAACUGUUCUAAAAGAAGAAAACUGGAAGCCUCUGUAUUUUUGUUUAUUAUUAUUGUGUUAUUAUUAUAUUAUAUUUUUAGUUGGUCCGUUUUCAUUUUUCAUCAAAUGAUACUAAAAAAAAUUUU